UCAACAAGGUCGAGGCAAACCUUAAGGACCAGCUAGUCUUCAUCGAAGGGACGGCACCACCCAGCUCGAUUGUCUCCGCUAUCCAAGCUACGGGACGGGAUGCCAUUCUACGAGGCAGUGGCACCUCCAACAGUAUGUCUAUCACCUGCCUAUCCCAGGCAGUACACCGAGGCUGAUGGCACCUUUUGCAGGUUCCGCGGUGUGUAUCUUGGAAACCCACUCGAAUAGCGUCUCCAACAAGAUUCGCGGUCUGGCGCGCAUGGUCCAGGUGUCCUCCAACAUGACCCUGGUCGACCUGACGAUCAACGGCCUUACUCCCGGCAAGUAUUAUGCCACGGUACGCGACACAGGAGAUAUUUCGCAGGGUGCUAGAUCCACCGGAGGCAUUUGGGAGGCCGUCAAGGCUAAAGUGCUGGGCUCGGAGCCAGUCAAGGAACCCCGCGGCAUUUUUGGGUCGGUCGAAGUGAACGACAAGGGCCGGGGCAAUGUAUUUUUGGAUCGCCCGGUAGCGGUGUGGGAGAUGAUUGGGCGCAGUAUGGUAGUGUCGAAGAGCCAGGAGGGGCCCUUUCGACAGGAAGACCCUGACACUCUAGUGGGAGUGAUCGCUCGAAGCGCGGGGGUGUGGGAUAAUGACAAGAUGGUGUGUUCCUGCUCUGGGAAGAAUGUGUGGCAGGAGCGGCAGGAGCAGGUGGCCCAGGGCAUGGCCUAGAGGGGAAACAGAGGAGGGAAAUGAGGACGUGGUUGGAGGAAGCUAGACUGGCGGGUGUGUGAUCGAUGAUCGAUCAGCCCUGAGAUAAGGAAUACGAGCAAGCAUGAAGAGUGACGAUAUUCUAGCGUGCUGCCGAACUUUUAAAUAGAAACGCGUGGGCGAGGGGUUUCCAGAAAUAGCCACCAGGCCAGGGAACCUAGUUGCAUCACCGGUAGUUGGUAUUAAGUGGUGGUUGGUGAUGGGAGAUGGCGAUGGGGGAUGAGGAUGGGAC